CGGGCGUGCGCGACGAUAUUACAUUCAACAAACCCGAGCGGACGUAAACCGCUGGCGAUGCCGAGCCUGCUGCUCUGCUCCCGACCUCCACUUCUGUCGACGCUCUCAGUCCGAUCCGAACGCCGCACGGUAGACUUCUCGUCCAGCCGCCUCACGCAAAAAGCCGCCUGCACACGUGAAACGUCAAAACAUAACCUACCAUGCCCUUUUAUGUUGUUCUACGCCGCUGACUCUCUGACGUGACUGUUCUGUUUUGUUCUUUUGUUGGUGUCUGUGUGCUAUUUUCUGUGUUCUGUGUAUUUCAUGUUUUCCGAUUGUUAUGACGUCUUGUGACUGUCCUCCGUAGGUUUUUUUGUGUGGUUUUUGGAGCUAUAAAAGGCGCUUUUGGGGUCAUACUGGAGACGAUGUCAAGGCGCAAGCAGAGUAACCCUAAGCCCCUUAAAAAUGAAACCCUGGAGAAACUACCUUUGGAUUACGGCAACGAAGGCGAAAAUAAAAAAGGUGAAGAGCAGGACUGGACAAGCAAUACCAAUAAUGCUGACACUCCAGAGACUACAUCGCCCUCUUCUCCAAUUCCCAAGCUAAAAUCUCCAGAAGCUCAAGAAGAAGAAAUUACCAAGUCGAAGGUCGAAAAAAGCGAUGGGGAAGAUUCCAACCAACCACGAAUAAGGCUCAAGGCCAACCUGGCUACGGAUCCUGCCCUCCAUCCUCAACUAUUAUCGUUAACAAAUUCAAAACCUGAACUGGAAAUUACGCCCUCACCAAGCGAAUAUCUCAACAAGCUACCACCAGCAGUUCAGUCAGCUUUAGCUCGAGGUUUCUUUUUACCCACAGCGUUACAACCUCCAGAAGCACCGGUAAGGCCAGACUCUGCAGAUGCAGCACGGCCUCCUGCUUUGCAAGUGUUCAUCUGUCCACCAUGUGGCAUUAGAUUCUCCAAUUUGAGCACCUUAGAAGCCCACCAAACGUUUUACUGUUCACACAGACAGAACAAAACAGAGGACGAGGCAAAAACUAACAGUGGGGCAGAGCCUAGUGGUAGUCAGUCUGAUCAAGAUGGAUUGGAACCGUCGUCAAAAAGUAUAAGAACAGGCAAGCAGUACACUUGCUCGCAUUGCUCGUACAGUGCUGAUAAGAAGGUGAGCCUGAACCGCCAUAUGAGAAUGCACACUGUAUCUCCUAGUCCAACCAAUGUGAAUGUAAAUAAUCAAGAUUCCGAGAAUGAUCGGUACUGCGCUGAGUGUGAUAUAAAGUUCAGCAACCAAAAGAACUAUCGGGCUCAUAAAAUGCAUUAUUGCAAUUCGAGGCAUAUGAAUAAACCUGCUACUGUAUCUUCUAAGCCAGCAUCCAACACGUCAAGUUCUUCGCCUGCUUCUCCUGUAGAUACUGCAACUAGUAGAAAUCCAGCUUCGCCCAAUGGUUUUCCCCCACAACAGCCAUUCUUGGCCUUACCAACAAAUCCAAUAAUCAUCGUGCCAUACUCGCUGUUCAAGAGUGCUAGUCUCCUUCCUGGUUUCUUACCACAGUCUGUUGGGAUACCAAAUGCAGAUACCCCAUGUUUUUUGUUACCGAACGGUCAGCUCCAACCAAUGACCCCUUCGGUAACCACGAAUCCUGCAGAGGUUCUGAAAACAAUCAAUAAAGUAAAGGAUGCAGCGAUCACGAAAGAAAACUCUUCAGCACCUUUAGAUCUUAGCCUGAAGAAAUCUACAGAUAAGAACGAUAUGAGUAAUGAAAACGAGAAAGAAAACUUAAAACAUUUUUCUCCAUCCCCGGAAAAAAUUGAAUGUGUUCCCUCCAUUCCAAAUUCUCCUCCAUCUACCCCAAGAUCACACUGUGGGGCUUCGCCAUCUCUAAGUGUAUCCCCAAAGAGAAAACAUGAAAAUGAAACGUCUAGGAGUAGCAGUCCAAGAAUGCCUAGAUCUACCUCCAAACCAAGUGUACCGCUAGAAAAACCACAUCCUAGUCCAGAUACAAACAUUCCGUUCGAUAUCACUGCUUCAAUCCACCCUUUCUUACUGCACCCUGGAUCUUUGGCCCUUUUUUCCCCAGAAGUCCAAAUGAGGUUAGCUGCAGAAAUACCACCUGUUCCACCUGUUGUAACGCCUCAGGUUUUGGUGAAACAAGGUGUUUCCAAAUGCAAAGAGUGCAACAUCGUAUUCUGCAAACAUGAAAACUACCUGAUCCAUAAGAAGCACUACUGUUCUGCUAGAACGCAAGAAGAUGAAGCCUCAAAAACUUCUGGCAGUCCUCCUGUAAGUCCAAGAAGUAACGACACUGCUAGCCCAGCAACACAGUACCAACAACUUAUCUGUGUUGCUUGCGGAAUCAAAUUUACUUCUUUGGACAACCUGAAUGCACACCAAGCCUACUACUGUUUGAAAAGGACGGACGUUGACGUUCGAAGAUGCAACAAAUGCAGGGGGAUAAUGGAACCAGGUCAUCACUGUCCUGUUCCAGGAUGGAAAUGUCCAUGUUGUGAUGUUGUGAGUCCUACUUCUAAUGCAGCACAGAGGCAUAUGGAGACUCAUACUGGUGUGAAGGCGUAUAGAUGUGCUAUUUGCAGAUACAAAGGAAACACCUUGAGAGGGAUGAGAACCCACAUAAGGAUGCAUUUCGAGAAGAGGUCUCCUGAUCUACAGGAGGAAAAAUAUAUCACAUACAUAUUGGAAGAUGAUGGUGCGCAACCUGUAGAAGUGAAUGUCAGCACUGGAUCAGUAUUUCAAAAUGUAGUUGAUGAAAGAGAAAUAUCGCCAUCUUCAGAAUCUCGCUCAGAAAGCUCUCCACAUCAGUGCAAUCAAUGCACUUAUACCUCCCCCUACAAGGCUAACCUUAUUCGACAUUUGAAGAUGGUGCACAAUAAUCCACCACCUCAAACUUUCGAAUCUGUGAACGGCUCGUCUAAAUCCAUGCCAAAAUUGGACGAAGAAGAAGAAAUUAAGGUGAAGAAAGAGGCCAUAGAGCCCGAAGUCAUCAUAGCUUCUAUCGAUGAGCCAAUCAAACGGGAAAUCAUAGAGCCUGGAAGUGAAGAGCAUAGAGUGAAAGCGGAACCUGAAGAUGAACUCUUACAAGAAGGCGUAAAAUCAGGACCGAAGUACUGCAAAUCGUGCGAUAUUUCUUUCACUUACUACUCGACUUUCAUAGCACAUAAAAAGUUCUACUGUUCGAGUCAUGCAGGUGAAAUGACGGCAUCAUCUACGAACAACAACAAUAACACUCCUAGCCGAACCACAGAAACUUCGGUACAGUGAGAAAUGUGAGGUUAUGAUAUCGAACUUGAAUUUCUACAGAGUCGAAGGCCAGUUAAGUGUUGACAGUAAAGAAAUUCUGUGGAUCUGAUUGUAGAUUAUUAUUCUGUAGAAACUGAAAAAAGGAGUUAGAUAAUCUCGUGAAUUUCUCUCGAAUUUUACUUAAGAUCUACAGGAAGAGUUAGACUGUUCAAUCUCCAACCAAGUAUACCAAUAUCUUAAUAUGUUGUAUAGUUAAAAUAAUGUACUUAUUGGAUAUGUAUGUAAAAUGUUUAUUAAUUAAUUAUCAUUCAUUUGUAAAAAUGUAUGUUUAGCUUUGUUUUGUACAAAAUGUUUAUAAUUUUAAGUGUUAAUUAUUCAAGAAUAUUUGCCAAAGCCUUUUGUGUAUAUUUUUCGUGGUAAGAAAAAUAUUACUAUAAGCAAUUAUUAUUAUUAUACCUUCAUAUCAGUUAUGAUAAGUUUUCGAAUACAAUUUAACCUGUGAGUGCGAUAAUUUGUUAAAGGAAUAAGUAAAGCAUGAUUAAUGAUAAAUCAUUCCCAGUGUUCUAGAUGAGCAUAAUACAAUAGUUUGUGGCUAUCGAUCAUUAUUGCACUUAUAGGCUCAAAUUAAAUAAUAGCUGAAUGUUUCAAAAACUUAAUGUUAUUCUAAUCAAGACUGUGUAUUCAACAUCGACCCAAGGUUAAAAACACGGUCAAUCUACCCUUGACAAUAAAUUAUUUAUUUGUA